AUGAUGUUCAUCAUUGGGUGUGUCGGAUUGGGCCUGAACAUCAUUAGCGCAGUUUUCCUUCACGAACAUGGACAUGGACAUGGACACAGUCAUGGCCCUAGCCUAUCACCCACAAUCGAGACACCCGUUCUCGAGGAAUGCCAUAAUUCCAGUACCAAGCAUGACGAUCACAAACAUCUUCAUUUCGAAAAACAUCACUGUGCAGACUCAGGCGGCCACAGCCAUGGUCAUGGCGGCCACGACCACGGUGAUCUGGGUAUAAUGGGAGUGAUGCUCCACGUUAUCGGCGAUGCAAUCAAUAACCUGGGCGUCAUGGCGGCUGGUCUGAUUAUCUGGCUCGCAGCACCCCAUGCUAGCCGAUACUAUGCCGAUCCCGGUGUGAGCAUGUUCAUUGCCAUUCUCAUUAUUCUAUCGUCUUUCCCUCUGAUGCGCCGAGCCGGGAUGAUCCUGCUAGAAAGCGUGCCUACAGGGGUCGAUAUGUGCGAUGUCAAACACGACCUAGAAAAGAUCAAGGGCGUCAACUCAAUCCACGAACUCCACAUCUGGCGCCUCAACCAACAAAAGACCCUCGCCUCAGUGCACAUUGUCGUGUCCGACGACUCUGUCGAGAACUUUAUGAAGACAGCCCGGGUGAUCAACCAGUGUUUCCACGCCUAUGGAAUACACUCGAUUACACUUCAGCCAGAACUGCUGGAAGUCGAUGAGUGUUUCCAUGAAACUUCCCGGUGCCAGGUUAUCUGCGGGACGGUAUGCGAGCAGUUGACCUGCUGUGGAUAG